AUGCUGGUGCGCAGCAACCCCAUCGUCGAUGGCCCCAUUCUGGGCGAGCGACGCCAAGGCAAGGAUGUCAUGACCAUGUCCUUGACCAUGGCAUUGGCCCUACCAGGGAGGGCCCACCCGGUCAAGGUGGUGUUGAAUGAGAGAGGGACGGUCAAGGGGUGGGCCAGGAGGUGGGGAGGAAGCUGGGCCGUAUCCCAAACGGACUUUUUUUGGUGGAGAGGCAAGUCCGGCCUAAGACUAGCAGCGGAGUAG